CCGCCGCUGCUGCUGCUGCUGCUGCUGCCGCCGCCGGGCUCGGGCUCCGGGGCCGACCGGCCUCCCCACUUGGUCUUCGUGCUGGCGGACGACCUGGGCUGGAACGACGUGGGCUUCCACGGCUCCUACAUCCGCACGCCGCACCUGGACGCGCUGGCGGCCGGCGGGGUGCUCCUGGACAACUACUACACGCAGCCGCUGUGCACGCCAUCGCGGAGCCAGCUGCUCACCGGGCGCUACCAGAUCCGUACAGGUUUACAGCACCAAAUAAUCUGGCCCUGUCAGCCCAGCUGUGUUCCUCUGGAUGAAAAACUCCUGCCCCAGCUUCUAAAAGAAGCAGGCUAUACUACCCAUAUGGUCGGAAAAUGGCAUCUGGGAAUGUACCGGAAAGAAUGCCUUCCAACCCGCCGAGGAUUUGAUACCUACUUUGGAUAUCUCCUAGGUAGUGAAGAUUACUAUUCUCAUGAGCGCUGUACAUUAAUUGAAGCUCUGAAUGUCACACGAUGUGCUCUUGAUUUUCGAGAUGGUGAAGAAGUUGCAAGAGGAUAUAAAAAUAUGUAUUCAACAAACAUAUUUACUGAAAGGGCUACCGACCUCAUAACUAACCAUUCACCAGAGAAGCCUCUAUUUCUCUACCUUGCAUUCCAGUCUGUCCACGAGCCCCUUCAGGUCCCCAAGAAAUACCUGGAGCCAUAUGACUUUAUCAAAGAUAACAACAGGCAUCACUAUGCAGGAAUGGUGUCCCUUAUGGAUGAAGCUGUAGGAAAUGUCACUGAAGCCUUAAAAAGCCAGGGGCUCUGGAACAACACGGUGUUCAUCUUCUCCACAGAUAACGGAGGGCAGACUUUGGCGGGGGGCAAUAACUGGCCCCUCCGAGGAAGAAAAUGGAGCCUGUGGGAAGGAGGCGUCCGAGGGGUGGGCUUCGUGGCAAGCCCCUUGCUGAAGCGGAAGGGUGUGAGGAACCGGGAGCUCAUCCAUAUCUCCGACUGGCUGCCGACGCUUGUGAGGCUGGCCCAGGGACACGCCAAUGGCACUAAGCCUCUGGAUGGCUUCGACGUGUGGAAAACUGUCAGUGAAGGAAGCCCAUCCCCCAGAAUGGAGUUGCUGCAUAAUAUUGACCCGAACUUUGUAGACUCUUCACCAUGUUCUGGGAACAGCACGGGUCCAGCAAAGGAUGAUUCUUCUCUUCCAGAAUAUUCGACCUUUAACACAUCUAUCCAUGCUGCAAUUAGAUAUGGAAAUUGGAAACUCCUCACGGGUUACCCAGGCUGUGGCUACUGGUUUCCUCCACCGUCUCAAUACAAUGUUUCUGAGAUACCUUCAUCAGACCCACCAACCAAGACCCUCUGGCUCUUUGAUAUUGAUCAGGACCCAGAAGAAAGACAUGACCUGUCCAGAAAAUAUCCCCAGAUCGUCAGGAAGCUCCUGUCUCGCCUGCAGUUCUACCAUAAACACUCAGUGCCCGUGCGCUUCCCGGCACAGGACCCCCGCUGUGAUCCCAAGGGCACUGGGGUCUGGGGCCCUUGGAUGUAGGACUUCAGGAAGGCCAGAAAACCUUUCUGUUGCACAUUGGACCUCAGCUCUUUACUCUCCUCUCAUUUGUUCUUCCAAGCUGGCCCUUCUCUUGCUCCUAAACCACACUGAGGUGUCUAAUUUCAACUCCUAGUGCAUUUAAGCAGCUGAUAAAAUCUGGAACACUCCUGUUGUGUCUACAGGCAGAGGUGGCUGGGCUCAGCCUCUUGUCUAAGCUGCAGGACAGCUGGGAACCUGAUUUGAGAUAGGAAGUUCUCACUGAGUCUGGCAGGCUGGAGCAGCUGGCUCUUUUUGUGUCACAAGUCAGACAUUAGAUUUCCCUACGCCAAUGGCUGGUUUUAUUGGGGUGACUCAUAUUUCUUGCAACAAAUGAAGAAAGCAGACAAUUGUUAAUGGUUCUGCUUGCCAGAGGUUCUCCCUGUCGGUGAGAGAUCAUGUUCAGGCAUCCCAUGUAAAUGCCUCACCC